GGGGCAGCUGGCAUUUUAUGCUACGUGGGAGCCUAUGUCUUCAUCACUUACGAUGACUAUGACCAUUUCUUUGAAGAUGUGUACACACUCAUCCCUGCUGUAGUGAUAAUAGCUGUUGGAGCCCUGCUUUUCAUUAUUGGGCUAAUUGGCUGCUGUGCCACGAUUCGAGAAAGUCGCUGCGGACUUGCCACGGUGGAAAAAGAGGUUGAUCACAGGAUUCAGAAAGUGUAUAAGACCUACAAUGGAACCAACCCUGAUGCUGCCAGCCGGGCUAUUGAUUAUGUACAGAGACAGCUGCACUGUUGUGGAAUUCACAACUACUCAGACUGGGAAAGUACAGACUGGUUCAAAGAAACCAAAAACCAGAGUGUCCCUCUUAGCUGCUGCAGAGAGACUGCUAGCAGCUGUAACGGCAGUCUGGCCCAUCCCUCCGACCUCUACGCUGAGGGAUGUGAGGCUUUAGUUGUGAAGAAGCUACAAGAAAUCAUGAUGCAUGUUAUCUGGGCAGCACUGGCAUUUGCAGCUAUUCAGCUGCUGGGCAUGCUGUGUGCAUGCAUUGUGUUGUGCAGAAGGAGUAGAGAUCCUGCCUACGAGCUCCUCAUCACUGGCGGAACCUAUGCGUAGUGCACAACUCAAGCCUGAGAUUUUUCGUCUUACUCUGAUUUGGAAGGUGAAUUGAGCAGGUCUGCUGCUGUUGGCCUCCUGAGUUCAUCUGGUUGAAGCACAUGUCUGCUGGUGUUGGACGAGCAGCUUGGCUUUUCACGUACCCACCUACUUACCUAUGCACCCUGUGACUUUCUUUUCCCUUAUUCUAGCUGACGCUCCUUGCUCCUAAGUUUUUAAGUACGUGGUAAGUGUUCUAAUUUCAGAACUAUUUGCGAGUUACGUAGUGUGGUAGAAUUCAAGGAUGUAGGCCCGCUUCUUUUACCUCCAAAGCAGUGAUGGGAUGGAUGCUGAAAUAUCACUGGGUCCUUUCAGUCUUCACAAUGGAGAACUCUUGGCCAAAGGUUUUUGGGGGGUGGGGGAGGAAGCCAGCUGUCUGGCGAACACCAGAUGGUGCCCCUCAUCAGUGUCCUUUUAAAAAAUAUAUACUGUAGUCCAAUAAGAUAGCAACUGUACAAAAUGGCUAAAAUAGAUUUUAGAAUCAUAUGGUGUGUAUCUUGGUUCAUCUUCAAAAUCAGAGACUGAUCUUUGAAACUAGUGGUUUUUAAUCAAAGCCGGCUUUAUGGGAAGAGUAUAAUGUAUGCACUACUGUUUCGAAAUACUUAGUGUGAGUGUGUGAAUGUGUUUUUGUAUGAUUGAGCCCAUUCAUCAUAAGUCUUAAACUUGUUAGAAAUAAUGUACCCAUGUAGACUAGCAAAAUAGUAUGUAGAUGUGAUCUCAGUUGUAAAUAGAAAAAUCUAAUUCAAUAAACUCUGUAUCAUCCCUCAA